AGAUGGUCGAAAUUAUUACUGCUAAUAUUUGCAUCUAGUUCUGUUUCAUUCAUGUAUUUGAUUUGAUUGUGAAGUAUUAUUUGUAUUAAAUACAUUUUUAUUUGUAUUUGCGUCUUAUUAAUUAUUGAAGGCGGUGCAAUGAUGUUGCUCCAAAGACGAGAAACAUCAUUCGAUGCAACCCAGCAAAUGCCAAUGUUUUUCAUUACUAUGGAAGACGAUAACUGUCCUCCUCCUAUGAGCCAUGAAGUUACCAUCAGCACCCAAAUUGAAUUUGAAGACGAGGAUAUUCAAAGAUCUUCUGAGUCAACCAAGGCCAAUCAGUAUCACGAAGAAGAUUCCAAAGAUUCAUCUUCUACUUCAAUGACUACCGAUAAGAACAAAAGUGGUAACAGCAGUACCGGCAACGACUCCAAUAAUAAUGAAGAUUAUGAAGAAGAAUCGGAUGAUGAUCACUGCGAUCUAACUUGUUUAAGUUGGCUGCAAAAUAUCACAAAUAUUAUGGCAGUCCCUGCUUUACCUACUCCACCAGAUUCACCAAAUCAUCAAAAUAUUUCUCCUCGAAAUGGACCAGAACGUACCACAAGAUCUAUGAAACUGCAUCAAAGCAUAACUCGUUGUCAUGAAGAAUUCAAACGAAAUCAAGAAAUGUACUCCAUCAGAACCUCGGUGAAACCCCCAUUUUCAUACGCGACUAUGAUUUGUAUGGCGAUGAGAGAAAAUGGAAACAAAAUGACGCUGAGCGAAAUCUACGCGUGGAUAAAGGAAAAUUUCGCAUACUACAGAAUGGCUGAUCCAAGCUGGCAGAACUCCAUUCGCCAUAACUUGUCAUUGAACAAGGUGUUUGUAAAAGUAGCAAGGUCCAAAGAUGAAAGAGGCAAAGGAGGAUUUUGGAAAAUGGAUCCAGACAGGCUACAAGAACGUAGACGAUUUAAAAAGAGAGCAAUUUCUGACAAAGAACGGGCAGAGUCUAAUCGAAAACGAUCAAAAAUAAUAGAUCCUAUCCCUACACUGUCUACUAAUUCUCAAUGCGAGGAAAAUGCUGAUAUAUUUCCAGAUACUUCAUAUAAGGUAAUUUCAAUGCCUAUGCUAUCCCAAUUGACGCCUAUUGAGGCUGCAGAAAUGGACGUGGACGAUCCACUCCCAUUGUUGCCAUUAGAUUCCCUGUUAGCCUGCACUUCUGAUACACAUCCUGGUCCGGCCGUAGAAGUGCAAGAUGCUCAUCAGGGUAUGCAGGGAUUAGGAAUGGCAGAAGAUGAAUUAGCUGGAUUAUUACUAUCAAGUGGAUGGGAUGAAUCACAACUAGAAUUACUAGAUUCAUUACUGGAUUCACUUUAAAGAGGAAUUAGAAAUUACUCAUAACUAAAAGGUAAAGCAAUAGUUCUGGCUGGUAAAGCCUACAAGAAAAAGGACUUUUAUUUUGUUUAAUUUUUUAUCUUAGAGAUGAA